AUGGCUGCCAUGACUGAUGUCGAAUACUACUUCAUUACCUUCCUCCUUGUGCUCACCUCAACCUUUAUUCUCCAAUACAUCUUAAGGAGACUAACAAAGCACAGUACCCAUCUUUGCCUCCCUCCAAGUCCUCCGGCACUUCCUCUCAUCGGUCACCUUCAUUACCUAAGUCCAGCAGCAUAUAAAUGCUUGACAUUGCACAACCUCUGCUCCAAAUAUGGUCCUCUUCUCUAUCUUCGUCUUGGCUCCUUCCCUGUCCUUCUUGUCUCAUCCGCUUCAAUGGCCAACGAAAUCUUCAAGACACACGAUCUCAAUUUUGCAUACAAACCAAAAUCUCCUUUCGAGGAUAGUAUACUAUUUGGAACCUCAAGUUUUCGUCAUGCCCCGUAUGGAGAUUACUGGAGAUUCAUGAAGAAACUUUGUCUAACAGAAUUGCUUGGAGCGCGACAGCUAGAAAGGUCGCGGGGCGUUAGAAGAGAAGAACUUGUUCGCUUUUUGAGAAAAGCGUUCGAGAAAGCUAAAAAAAAGGAGGUCGUAGAUUUGAGCAAAGAGAUAAUGACACUAACAAACAAUAUUACGUACAGGAUGGUGAUGAGUGCGAGGUGUUCAGGACAAGAUAAUGAUGUUGAAAAGUGUGUGGGGCUGGUGCGAGAAUCCUUUCAGCUAGUAGCUAAGAUGACUUUAGCAAAUCUUUUAGGCCCUUUAAGAAAAGUAGGUGUUUUCUUUUUCGGGGAGCAGCUCUUGGAUGUACCAAGAAGGUUUGAUGAGUUGUUGGAGAGGAUCAUGGAAGAGCAUGAAGAGAGGGCAAGAAGAGAUGGCGGUGAGAUAGAAAAUAAAGAUUUGAUGGAUAUUGUCUUGGAAGCACAUCACGACAAAGAUGCAGAGGUUAAGAUAAGCAGGACUCAAAUGAAAUCUUUCUUUCUGGAUCUCUUCUUUGGAGGCACUAGUACCACAGCACAUUCGAUGCAAUGGUUAAUGGCAGAGAUGAUCAAUCAUCCUCAAGUGUUCAAGAAGCUUAGAGAGGAGAUAGACUCUCUUGUUGGAAGAAAUAGACUAGUGGAAGAUUCAGACAUCCCAAGUCUCCAUUAUUUGCAAGCUGUUGUGAAAGAAACACUUAGACUACACCCACUAGCUUCUAUAAUUACUAGAUUAAGCCGUGAAGAUUGUAAAUUCGGAGGAUUUGAUGUACCGAAAGGAACUCUGGCAGUAGUCAAUUCGCAUUCCGUGAUGAGGGAUCCAGAGGUAUGGGAUAAUCCAGACGAGUUCUAUCCUGAGAGAUUCUUGUUGGCCAUCCCCAAAGAGGAGGCCGAUGACAAAAUGGGAAGAAAGGGGCAAGACCUCAAUUUUUGGUCCUUCGGUGGGGGAAGGAGAAAGUGCCCUGGUGUAAACUUGGCCUUCAGUUUGAUUAAUGCUACUGUUGCUGCCAUGGUUCAAUGCUUUGACUGGAAGCUUGAUGGAGCUGAAUACAUGGCAAGGGCUAACAUGGAAGUUACAUCAGGGGUGACUAUGAGCAUGGCCCAUCCACUUCUAUGUCUUCCUGUGGUUCAUUUCAACCCGUUUGAUACUCCUACUAAAGAUAAUUAGGCAACAGAUUAAGGGCGAUCCAAGUUAAUUACGUGUUUGUGCUUCCAUUGUUGUUACUUCAAUUUUGUUAAUUGUAAGCCUACCUUCAAUAGUUUCUGGAAAUCCUUGUAUAUCUAUGAUUCGGUGCAAAAUGGAAGUCAGGAUUGAAAUUAAUGAUUGUCGAUAUUUUCUGAUCAAGAUUAUCAUCAAAUAAAUGUCCAUUGACUAAUAUCGUGACAUUUAAGUAA